CCCCCACCCAAACGCCUGUCCCCCACCUACCCACAGCCCCCCACCCAAACGCCUGUCCCACACCUACCCACAGCCCCACCCAAACGCCUGUCACCACACCUACCCACAGCCCCACCCAAACGCCUGUCACCACACCUACCCACAGCCCCCACCCAAACGCCUGUCACUACACCUACCCACAGCCCCACCCAAACGCCUGUCCUCACACCUACCCACAGCCCCCACCUAAAACGCCUGUCACCACACCUACCCACAGCCCCACCCAAACGCCUGUCACCACACCUACCCACAGCCCCCACCCAAACGCCUGUCACCACACCUACCCACAGCCCCCACCCAAACGCUUGUCACCACACCUACCCACAGCCCCCACCCAAACGCCUGUCCCCACACCUACCCACAGCCCCCCACCCAAACGCCUGUCACCACACCUACCACAGCCCCCACCCAAACGCCUGUCACCACACCUACCCCAGCCCCCACCCAAACGCCUGUCCCCACACCCACCCACAGCUCCCCCACCCAAACACCUGUCACCACACCUACCCACAGCCCCACCCAAACGCCUGUCCCCACACCUACCCACACAGCCCCCACCCAAACGCCUGUCCCCACACCUACCCACAGCCCCCAAACGCCUGUCACCACACCUACCCACAGCCCCCACCCAAACGCCGUCACCACACCUACCCACAGCCCCCACCCAAACGCCUGUCACUACACCUACCCACAGCCCCCACCCAAACGCCUGUCCUCACACCUACACCACAGCCCCCACCUAAACGCCUGUCACCACACCUACCCACAGCCCCACCCAAACGCCUGUCACCACACCUACCACAGCCCCCACCCAAAACGCCUGUCACCACACCUACCCACAGCCCCCACCCAAACGCUUGUCACCACACCUACCCACAGCCCCCACCCAAACGCCUGUCCCACACCUACCCACAGCCCCCACCCAACGCCUGUCACCACACCCUACCCACAGCCCCCACCCAAACGCCUCCCCCACCCAAACACCUGUCACCACACUACCACAGCCCCCACCCAAACGCCUGUCACCACACCUACCCACAGCCCCCACCCAAACGCCUGUCCCCACCCACCCAAACACCUGUCACCACACUCCACCUACCCACAGCCCCCACCCAAACGCCUGUCACCACACCUACCCACAGCCCCCACCUAACGCCUGUCACCACACCUACCCACAGCCCCCACCUAAACGCCUGUCACCACACCUACCCACAGCCCCCACCCAAACGCCUGUCACCACACCUACCCACAAAGCCCCCACCCAACGCCUGUCACCACACCUACCCACAGCCCCCACCCAAAACGCUGUCCCCACACCCACCCACAGCCCCCACCCAAACACCUGUCCCACCUACCGAUGGACAACUUCUACUUGAAGAGUCACUUCCAGCAUCGUAA